CUCUGUGGGUGCUGUUGGGGUUGGGUGGACCUGCCGUCUCGUCAUAACUUUAACUUCACCGCUUCACCCGCGGCUCAGUAUUGUGAAGGCAAGGCGUCAAAUAAUCACGGAAUACUUUAAAAAUGCUGGUGACUUGCAUGAGGCAGUGAGUCUCCAAUUUGAUUUAUGAUGAAUGGAGUCAUGGAGCAUCACCACAACAGUGCACAUCAUCAUCAUCAUCAACCAAAUCAUCAUCCUCAUCACCAUGUAGCAAAAGAGAAACACCCACCACCUCCAAAGUACAAAGCAUUCAAGCUGUUAUCAGAUCCAUGCAUCAUCCAGGGAGCUUCAAAGAUCUACAGGUACGACGGCCGCGUGCCCAACGACGCCUCGUACCCGACUGUACACGUGCGCGACCCGCGGCCGCCGCUCACGCGCAUCUGGUCGCGCAUGGAAGUACUGCAGAUGCCUGUGCCCAAGUUUCGGAUUGACGAAGACUACGUGGGCAUGCCUCCCCCGCUGGAGGUCUCCAUCACCAACAUCAACGACAACAUCGACCAGGCGUUCCUCUCUGAAUUGGUACAAAAGUACGGCGAGCUGGAGGAGCUGACCAUCUUUUACCACACGCGCACCGGCAAACACCUGGGCUUGGGCCGGGCCGUGUUCCAUCGCGUGGAGGGCGCCCGACUGUGCGCAGAACGGCUCAAUCACACCUCGGUCAUGGGCAACGUGCUCAACGUCUUCCCAGACGCCUUCGGGGCCAAGGUGCGUCAGAUGGCGGAGGAUCUGUCCGAGGACCGGCCCGUGCGUCGCGAGGAGCCGCCACCGGCCCUGCCGCCGCUGGCUGCGCCGGAGCCAGAGCCGGAGCCCGCCGCCGAUCCGGAGCCGGAGCCGGAGCCGGAGCCGGAGCGGACGGCCGUCGUCAGGCAGCCUUCGGAUCUCGCCGCCGAGCCUUGGGAGUCGGCGACCGGCGCCGCUGUGGACAGCGACGAGGAGCGGCUCGACUUGGAUACGCGCAUCGCGCAGCUGCUGCAGCGCAAGGCACGCCACGUGCUGGUGCCGUCGUUCGCCGAGAUGCUGGACAGCGGCGGCGAGUCGGCGUCCGAUUCAUGCUCAGAGAGCGGCUCCGACUGGGAGGCGCCGUCGCCGCUCAGCGCCACGCCGUCGCCGUUCGCCUCCCGCGAGCUGUACCUGCGCAGUCACCGCGAGUGGUGCCAGACGGAGGCGGAGGACUGGCCGUACCCGUACCCGUACCCUUACCCGUACCCGUGUCCGCCGCCGGGACCGGGGCCAGGGCCGGGGUUCCAGCAGUACCUGGCGCCUCCGCCCGCCCACCAGUCAAGCGACGCGCCGGCGCCCGAGGCGGAGCCGCUGACGCCCGAUCUCGUGUCUCGGAGAGCCCUGGACGAAGUCGUCCGGGAGCUCAAACAGAUUCUGAAGCGAGACUUCAACAAGAAGAUGAUCGAGAACACUGCGUACCGCAUGCUGGAGAAGUGGUGGGACCGCCAGGCUGAGCUGCAUAAGAACAGCCGAGGCUCGCUGACCGGUGCCGGCGCUGGCUUCGGCCUCGGCUUCCGCAUGGCGCUGCCCAAGAUGCCCUCGUUCAGACGGGGUAAACGGAAGCUCGGCGCCCGGGGAGCGGCUGGGCUCGCCAAGCGGGACGUGAUGUCGGAGAUGGCGCUGCUGUACGAGUUCCUGACGCGCGGCAUCACGGCGGAGGACAUCGGCUACCUGCACCGCUGCUAUGAAAGCCUGCUGGCCGACGAUCAGAACAGCUACUGGCUGAACGACACGCACUGGGUGGACCACGCGGCCACCGACCGGCCGGAGAAGCGGCGCCGGCUGACUGAGCCGGCCGCCCACCGCUCCGGCUGCGCGCGCACCGAGGGCUACUACCGCGUCUCGGCUAAGGAGAAAAUGAAACACAAGUACCACUUCGGCCGCUCGGUGGUGGAGGCGACGACGGCGCUGGAGUCGACGGAUCAGGCGUCCACGUUGCCGGACCAGCGCGCCAAGGCGGCCACGGCGGCGGCCAUCUCCCGAGAGGCGCGCAGCAACCAGCGACGCAUCCUCACGGUCCUGGGGGCCGCCACCGAGAGCGAGUUGCUCAAGUUCAACCAGCUGAAGUUCCGCAAGAAACAGCUCAAGUUCGGCAAGUCGGCCAUCCACGACUGGGGCCUGUUCGCGCUGGAGCCGAUCGCCGCCGACGAGAUGGUGAUCGAGUACGUGGGCCAACACGUGCGCCAGUCGGUGGCCGACCAGCGCGAGCUGGUGUACGAACGCCAGGGCAUCGGUAGCAGCUACCUCUUCAGGAUCGACCGCGACAACAUCAUCGACGCCACCAAGUGCGGCAACCUGGCCCGCUUUAUCAACCACAGCUGCAUGCCCAACUGCUACGCCAAGAUCGUGUCGUUGGAGGGCCAGAAGAAGAUCGUGAUCUACUCGAAGCAGCCGAUCGGUGUCAACGAGGAGAUCACGUACGACUACAAAUUCCCGUACGAGGAGGACAAGAUCCCGUGCCUGUGCGGCACGGUCCAGUGUCGUGGUUACCUGAACUAGACCGGCGCGGCGGCCCCUGUCCGGCCGCGCCCGCCCGCCCGUCAGGCGGCGCCCGCCCGCCCCUGUCAGGUGGCGCCCGCCCGCCCGCCCGGCUGGGUCAUGUCUAGUCUUUCAGUGUGCGUACUGGUCACCGUCGGGGCGGCGCGCCCACUGUACAUGCCCAUCUCCCAUAUCUCGCCCCGCCCGCUCCGUCGCCGCGUCUCUGUACAAUGCAUGACCACUCAACAGAAUACAAUGAAU